AUGGCUCAGGAGAAAAUGGAGCUGGACUUUGAGCCUGACACAUCUGAUGGGGGCGCCCUGAGGAGAUCCAGCAGCGCUCCCCUGAUCCACGGGCUCAGUGAUCUUUCUCAGGUUUUUCAACCUUACACAUUUAGAACUCGGAGGAAUAGUACAACGAUUAUGAGCCGUCAUACCCUGGUAAGUAUAGAAUUGCUGUCGUCGUCACCAAAUCGCGUUCCUAGUAGCAGACUGCAUCAGAUCAAAAGGGAGGAAGGCAUGGAUAUGAUGAACAGAGAAACUGCACACGAACGGGAAGUGCAGACAGCAAUGCAGAUCAGCCAGUCAUGGGACGAGAGCUUGAGCCUGAGUGAUAGCGAUUUUGAGAAGCCGGAGAAACUAUAUUCUCCUAAAAGGAUUGACUUCACUCCAGUUUCUCCGGCACCAUCACCCACCAGAGGGUUUGGAAAGCAAUGUUUUUCACCAUCCUUACAAAUGUUUGUGAGCAGCAGUGGGCUGCCGCCAAGUCCCGUGCAUAGUCCAAGACGCUUUUCCAGCAGGAGGAGUCAGAGUCCAGUCAAGUGCAUUAGGCCCAGUGUUCUUGGUCCUCUUAAAAGAAAAGGUGAAAUGGAAACAGAAAGCCAGCCCAAGAGGCUCUUCCAAGGCACUACCAAUAUGCUGUCUCCGGAGGCUGCACAACUGUCUGAUCUCAGUUCAUGUUCAGAUAUUUUGGAUGGCAGUAGUAGCAGCAGUGGCUUAUCCUCAGACUCACUGGCUAAAGGCAGCACAACCGCAGAGUCUCCAGUAGCAUGCACCAAUUCAUGCUCUUCGUUCAUCUUGAUGGAUGAUCUCUCACCCAAGUGA